AUCGCGGUCUUGCUCUGGCAGCAGCCAGGCAGACACAGGCAGGAGCCCUGGGGACGUCUCCAGGGUCAUCGCGAGCCAAGUGCCCUUCGCCCUCUUCAGGGCGCGACCGCAGGCCUGGCAGCACCGUCCCCAUGAGACCCCAGGUGGUCCUGAGGCUGGAGGCCCCCACCAGGGCCCCUGGCAGAGAAGGGUGGGUGGAGUUUUGUGGGCAGGAAGCGGAAGCCUCGGGUAACCCCUAGCUCGGCUGGAGCGCGUGCUCAGUUGUCGCUUGCCACAGCAGGAGUUGGAGGUGGGCGCCCAGCGCUGAGCGGCCGGCAGACCAAUGGACCUGCCCUGUGCGCGGGGGCUCGGGCCUCUGCUGCUCCUGCCGGGGGUCCUGGGCUCUGGCGGCCGCGCCAAGGGCAGCGCAGGCUCCAGCUUGCUCACGGUCGUGCUGCUGCUGCUGCUGCUCCUGCUGCUGGUCGCUGGCCUGGUGCUGGCCUGGCGCCGCCUAAGCCGAGACUCGGGGGGCUACUACCACCCGGCCCGCCUGGGCGCCGCGCUGUGGGGCCGCACCUGCCGCCUGUUCUGGGCCAGCCCGCCAGGCCAGUGGCUGCAGGCUCAGGUCGGGCUGGAGUCCCCAGACCAGGACCGCGAGAGUCAGGACGAGCAGGACCUGGAAGAGGACUACGACCUGGACGGUGGCCAGGAGGAGGCCGACGGCGGGAAAGAGGAGCUGCCGGGCGCAGAGAGGCCCGGGCCGCCCGUGGAGGUGGCACAGCCGGCUGAGGAAGAGCCCGAGGCGGCGGCUGAAGAGCGCCUGACCCUGGUCGCUCAGGGGCCAGUGAGCUCGGGGGGCAGCGCCGAGGCCCUGCUGAGCGACCUGCACGCCUUUGCGGGCAGCGCCGCCUGGGACGACAGUGCGGGGGCCGCGGGGGGCCCAGGCCUCCACGUCACAGCGCUCUAGGCCCGCCCGGCGCGGCGAGACCAGCCCGGACCCGAGGCCCCACCGGUGUGCUCAGACCGUCAGUUUCACUAGACCCGCUCCCUCGGCUGGGGAGCCCCACCCCCUGUACCCGGAGCCGUCGGAAAUAAAAUCGUCACCCAGCGAGCCCCACGCCUGCCUCAGGUCCACAGGAAGAGCCAGGCCAGCACCGUGCUUCAAUGCUUUAAUUCUGCAAGGGCAGGCCUGAGCGGGGGGCAGUGGGCCGUGGGGCGCCCCGGGCAGCCGUAGCCUGCAGAGCCUGCAGCCCUCCGAGCCGUGGUCUGGGGACCGCCCACCCCAUGG